AUGGCAUCUCCGCAAGAAUCCAAUUCGCUGUGCUUGAAGCGAAUGCUUGUUGAUGACUGCCUAUCAAAAGACUGCAAAUCUCGCCGUGUCAAAUCUGAGAAUGGGCCCUCAUUCGAUUCAUUAGCUAAACGCUGCAACUGUUGCUGCACUCGACCUAACCUUGCCAAUGAUUGUAUCAAUUUUCUGAAGAGUGGAGCACCUAGCCGUGUCAUGUAUUAUAAAAAAGGUUUGUGGCUCAAUUUUCCAGAGCAAAUAAUGAAGUCCCUCAUCGAUGAAUUCAAAGGAAAUAAAUCAAGUGUUGUGUCUGUGAUGGAUGAUGAACCAAUUCUUGUUGAUUUCUUGUCAAUGACCCUGGUCAACCUAAAAACUAGAAAUCAGCGGUCUGUUGCCUGGUUUGAUGACACUGGCAAGCGUUUCUUUCCUUCUCUGUUCUUUGAUGAGGAAAGUGAUGAAAUGGCCAAACGGAAUUCUAGCAAUGUUGAUAGCACUGCACAGGGAAUAAUGUUAGAUAAGGUUGCAAAUUCUCCACCUGAAGUGGUCAAGCAAGUUGUUCUUGAAUCUAGUCCGCCAGUCCCUCACAAACCUUCGACUGUGGAUGUCUUGCGCAAGAAGAUCACAUCUGUGGAAAGAGGCAGCGAAAGCUUUCUAUUUGUCCAGAAACUUUUCCUCUCUGGUAUGGGCCCGUUUGCAACACCAAAUAACAUACUUCAUGUCCACCGCUACUCUCCAAACGAUAUCACUGCACAAUGUAGAUUUGAAGCUUUUGAAAGACAGAUGAAGUCAACUAAAGAAGCACGUGGUGAUGCAAAUGUUAAGUAUGGAUGGCUAGGAUCUAGGAAGAAUGACAUAGUUAGGAUUCUUAUUAAUGGUUUGGGUACCACUGCAAAUACUGUUGAGAAAGCAGGUUUGAGUGCUGGUGUAUAUCUUUCACCAGAAAGCCGAGCCUUUACCAGUGUCGGUCUUUGUGAUGUUGACGAAAAAGGAGUGCAGUAUAUGUUGAUGUGCCGUGUGAUAUUGGGGAAUGUGGAAGCUGUUGAACCUGGAUCACAAGAGUCUUUUCCAAGCAAUUAUUUGCUUGACUUGAAGGGUUUAUGGUUUAACCCAUCACUAAAGGAAGUUGGAAUGGAUAUUUCUACACUUCAACCUGUAAUUUAUGAAACAGGUGAAGAAGGACCAGCUUCCCCGUGGAUAUCAUUCAGAGUUCUGUUUGCAGUUAUUCAAGACAAUAUAUCAUCUGUGUCAAGGGAGCUUCUUUUCCAUCAUUAUGAAGAGCUGAAGGAAAGCAUAAUAACUCGUGAAGAAAUGGUGAAGAAAUUGAUAAUAAUAGUUGGAGAGAAAGUACUUUUGGAGGCCUUGAAGAAGCUUCAUUACUGUCCAUCAUUAUGGUACAAGCCUUCUGUUGAAGCAGUGUCUAGCGAUUCUGUAAUGGCAGCACCAGAACAAUUAUCCUUGGAUAAGGCAGGUGGAGAUUGUUCAUUAACUCUGAGGGUUAACCAUGCUGAUUCACAUGCACCAAAUGCUGUGUCUGAACAUGCUACAAUUCUUAGCACCAAAAGAUGUGAUACCCUUGCAGCGGAUAUGGUGCCCAAAGAUCAAGAUUGUCUGGCACCAAGUGGUGUGCCAGAAACAUCUAGUUCUGCUGUUGCCAUGUGUGGGGCUUCUACAAGUGCAGAACCCAGGUGCAGAGGUCCUCCUGUACAGAUGGUGCCACCUGGAAACUCUGCAACCUCGUGUGCCAAAAACCAAGAUUCCUUUGUAGGAAGAGUGGCACCUAUAGUUCAUGAAGGCCUUUUGAGGACAAUUUCUGGAAGCUCUUCAUCUCCUGGCUGGGAAGUAUGCAAAUCUGCCACACCAAACACAGGACGUCCUGGUUAUGCUUCUCUAGCACAAGCUAAUACCUCCCAAACCCAUGGAGUUUCUGCUCCAGGCGUCACUCCUAAGGGCUAUGAAUCUGCUGACCAAGCUUGUCACAUGGAAAUUCCAAAACUACAGGCGUGA